AUGGCUCCGAAGCGUAGAACCAUUCAAGAAAUUGAAGUGGAGAAAUUACGACGCCAAGUUAAGGAGUUGCAAGAGCAACUUGCAAAAUAUGAAGCUGCUCAACAUAAUCAUGGAAACCAGACUGAAGACAGUCCUUCUAGUGAAGAGGAUAAUGAAAAUCCAUUUCAUUAUUCUUCCUCAUCUGAAGAUUUUUUGACGCGAAGAGCACGACACAAUACGACUCACAAAGCUAAAGACUUAGGAAUCAAAGUUGAUAUUCCUGAGUUUGAAGGGAGGCUCCAACCUGAUGAUUUCAUCGAUUGGCUUUGCACAGUGAAAAAAUUAUUCGAGUUAAAAGACAUUCCAAAUGACAAGCGUGUGAAGCUUGUGGCGAUCAAGUUAAAGAAGCGCGCAUCAGUAUGGUGGGAGAAUCUCAAGCGUCAGCGAAAAAGAGAAAGACGGAGCAAGAUCAAGACAUGGGAUAAAAUGUGCCGUGAACUAAGGAAAAAGUUCCUUUCAGAGCACUACGUGCAAGAAGUUUUCAUCAAAUUUCACAAUUUGAAACAAAAAUCAUUGACCGUGGAGGAAUACACUAUGGAGUUUGAAGAGCUUCUUAUGAAGUGUGACAUUCAAGAGCCUGAAGAACAAACUGUUGCUCGCUACCUCGGAGGGCUUAAUAAGGACAUUGCAAACAUUGUCCAACUACAACCAUUUUGGACGUUGGAUGAUGUUAUAAGACUAGCGUUGAAGGUUGAAAGGCAAAUAACACAGAAGGAGAACAAUCGCUUCUCAAAAGAGAGGGGGUGGUUAAUCUUCCAAAGUAGAAGUAGACUCCUCAACAAUCCUCUAAGGUGUUUCAAGUGCCAAGGAUUUGGGCAUAUUGCUGCUGAUUGCCCAAAUCGAAGAGUUAUCACUCUAAUUGAAGAAGAAGACCAUAAAGGGGCAAGUGAAGAGUUCGAGAAGGAGGAUGAUAUUGACUAUGAUGCUGAAGAGGAGGUUCCCGCCGAUUGUGGUGAAGCUUUGAUGGUUUGCCGCAUUUUGAACAUUGCCAUGCUAACUAAAGAUGAAGGAUGGAUCCGCCAUAACAUUUUCCACACACGGUGCAUUGCCCAAGGAAAAAUAUGCAAGGUCAUCAUUGACUCCAGAAGUUGUGAGAAUGUUGUUGCGGCUUACAUGGUGGAGAAGCUAAAUAUUCCAACUGAGGAACAUCCUAACCCUUAUAAAUUGCAGUGGCUGAAAAAAGGGAACGAGGUCAAAGUAACAAGGCGAUGUUGCGUUCAAUUCUCAAUUGGGAGUAAAUAUACAGACGAGGUAUGGUGUGAUGUCAUCCCAAUGGACGUAUGUCACUUGUUGCUAGGAUGUCCGUGGCAAUAUGAUCGUUGUGCUAUCCACGACGGAUUCAAGAAUACGUAUUCCUUCUUCAAGGAUGGAGUGAAGAUUGUGUUGACUCCACUAAGACCUGAUGAGUACGAGAAGAAAGUUGAGCCGUCCUUAAUCACAAGGUCAGACCUUAACAAAACUCAUCGAAAGUUCAACUUCAUGUGUUUUUUACUGAUUUGUGAGGAGAACAAAGAGACCUUGUCCGUGCAUGAAGAUGUCAAGCCUUUAAUUGAAGAAUUUUCUGAUGUGGUCCCUGAGGAGAUCCCUAACGGGUUACCACCAAUGCGAGAUAUUCAACAUGCCAUUGAUUUUGUCCCUGGUUCGGUGAUCCCAAACAAGCCAGCAUAUCGUAUGAGUCCUAAGGAGCAUGGCGAGUUGCAACGCCAAGUAAAACAUCUCCUAGACAAAGGCCUAGUCAGAAAAAGUGCUAGUCUUUGCGCUAUUCCUGCUCUGCUAGUUCCAAAGAAAGAUGGUUCGUGGCAUAUGUGCAUUGAUAGUCGUGCUGUGAACAAGAUCACCAUCAAGUAUAUUCCUAUUCCCCAACUUGAUGAUCUGCUAGAUCAAUUACAUGGUGCUGUUAUCUUCUCUAAAAUUGACUUAAGGAGUGGCUAUCAUCAAAUCCGUAUGAGGCCUGGUGAUGAAUGGAAGACAGCUUUCAAGAAACGAGAUAGAUUGUACGAAUGGACUAUGCCAUUUGGCCUCUCUAAUGCACCAAGCACCUUCAUGCGCUUGAUGAACCAGGUAUUCCGACCUUUUAUUGGAAAAUUUGUUGUUGUUUACUUUGAUGACAUCUUAAUAUAUAGUAAGGAUCAUGAUGAACACCUAGUCCACCUAAGUCAAGUAUUUGUAACGUUGCAUGAUAUAAGGAGCUUCCAUGGAUUAGCCUCAUUCUAUCGGCGAUUCAUCAAGAAUUUUAGCUCCAUUGCUGCUCCACUUACUGAAUGUCUUAAGCAUGAUACCUUUACAUGGAGUACUAAGGCACAACAUAGUUUUGAGGCAUUGAAGGAAAAGAUUUCUACUGCUCCUGUACUUGCACUUCCAAACUUUGAUUCCAUGUUUGAGGUCGAUUGUGACGCUUCAAAUGUUAGUAUCGGUGCUGUACUUUCUCAAGAAGGCUGA